GGACGAAAGCGCGACGGGAGCGGAGCUGCAAGACCGAACUCUCAAGCCCCGGCUCCAUCCCGCCCGCGUCCUGAACCUCCUCUCUCCUUUCUAGGCUCGCUGGCUCUUGGCCCAGGAAUCGCGCGCCGCCUGCGCCUCGAACGCAAACAGCUGUUCCCAGAGACGUCGCCGCCCUCAGCCUUGCUAACUAGUCCAUUCGCACUUUGACCAGCGGAGCCACCCCGACUUGGGGGUUGGUGGCAGUUGGCGGAGUUUUUGAAAAAAGAAAGGCCUCAUCUUACUUGAUCUGUCACCAGCAUUUGGAGCUCAACACACUCUACUCAGAAACACUCUGACUUGAGCUGCAUGCUAACAGAACAGGGCCAGAAGCUUCAGAGACUUAUUUCAGAAAAAAUUGCCAGUUUGCUGUGGGUAUCAAUGAACCAAGAACAUUUGAUGCAUUUUCUCUGAAGAAAACUUGGGUAUAUAGUAAUUUCACAGACUUGGCUAAGUCUUUGCCUAGACUGAUUGCUGGACUCUCCUACUUGAUACUUGAACCUAUUUGGGCUUUUUCUCAUGUGGAUCUAAGAGGAAUGCUUUAUUAUGGCUGCUGUUGUCCAACAGAACGACCUGGUAUUUGAAUUUGCAAGCAACGUCAUGGAGGAUGAACAACAGCUUGGUGAUCCUGCUAUAUUUCCUGCUGUCAUUGUGGAACAUGUUCCUGGCGCUGAUAUUCUUAAUAGCUAUGCUGGACUAGCCUGUGUGGAAGAGCCUAACGACAUGAUUACUGAAAGCUCACUCGAUGUUGCUGAAGAAGAAAUCAUAGAUGAUGAUGACGACAUCACCCUUACAGUUGAAGCUUCUUGUCACAAUGGAGAUGAAACAAUUGAAACCAUUGAGGCUGCAGAGGCACUCCUUAAUAUGGAUUCUCUUGGUCCCAUACUGGAUGAAAAACGAAUAAAUAAUAAUAUAUUUAGUUCCUCUGAAGAUGACAUUGUUGCUCCAAUCACCCAUGUAUCCGUCACAUUAGAUGGCAUUCCCGAAGUGAUGGAAACUCAACCGGUGCAGGAGACAUAUGCAGACUCACCAGAAGCCUCAUCCCCAGAACAGCCUAAAAGAAAGAAAGGAAGAAAAACAAAACCACCACGGCCAGAUUCCCCAACCACUACACCAAAUAUAUCUGUGAAGAAGAAAAAUAAAGAUGGGAAAGGAAACACAAUUUAUCUAUGGGAGUUUUUACUGGCACUGCUUCAGGACAAAGCUACCUGCCCUAAAUACAUCAAAUGGACACAGCGAGAAAAAGGAAUUUUUAAACUGGUAGAUUCUAAAGCAGUGUCUAGAUUGUGGGGGAAGCACAAAAACAAACCUGAUAUGAAUUACGAGACCAUGGGAAGAGCACUCAGGUACUAUUACCAAAGAGGUAUUCUGGCAAAAGUAGAAGGUCAGCGAUUGGUGUAUCAGUUUAAAGAAAUGCCGAAAGAUCUCAUAUAUAUAGAUGAUGAGGAUCCAAGUUCUAGCAUAGAGUCUUCCGAUCCAUCAUUAUCGUCAACAGCCACCUCAAGUCGGAAUCAAGCAAGUAGAUCAAGAGUAUCUUCAAGUCCAGGAAUAAAAGGAGGGGCCACUGCAAUUCUAAAACCAGGGAAUCCUAAAGCUACAAAACCCAAAGAUCCUGUGGAAGUUGCACAGCCAUCAGACAUUUUGAGGACAGUGCAGCCCUCACAGGCUCCAUAUCCUACCCAGCUCUUCAGGACUGUUCAUGUAGUUCAGCCAGUACAAGCUGUCCCAGAAGGAGAAGCAACCAUAACCAGUACUGUGCAGGAAGAAACAGUCAAUUCUUCGGUUCAGAGUGUUAGGACUAUACAGGCUUCAACCCAGGUUCCAGUAGUUGUAUCUCCUGGCAAUCAGCAGCUGCACACAGUGACACUCCAGACAGUGCCCCUCACAACGGUUAUAGCCAGCACAGAGCCAUCAUCAGGGGCUGGGUCACAGAGAUUUAUUUUACAAGCUAUUCCAUCAUCACAGCCCAUGACGGUACUGAAAGAAAAUGUCAUGCUGCAGUCACAGAAGCCAGGCUCUCCUCCUUCGGUUGUCUUUGGCACUACCCAUGUACAGCAGGUUCUUACAAGCAACAUUCAGUCCAUUUGCAAUGGGACUGUCAGUGUGGCUUCAUCCCCAUCCUUCAGUGCUACUACACCCGUGGUGACCUUUUCUCGAAGUUCACAACUGGUUGCGCACCCACCCGGCACUGUAAUCACUUCAGUCAUCAAAGCUCAGGAAACAAAAACUGUUAAACAGGAAACAGAGGAAAAGGAGGUUGAAGAUCAUUUGAAUGAAGGCACUGAGAAAACUGAGCAGCAGCCACAGCCUUACGUGAUGGUGGUGUCCAAUUCAAAUGGAUUUACCUCUCAGGUAGCUAUGAAACAAAAUGAACUGCUGGAGCCCAACUCUUUUUAAUUACUAUGCCAAAGGAAUGAUGGUUAUUUUUUCAAUUGAACUCAUUUUUCUAAGAUAGAUCCACAGAAGUUCCUAAUUUUAUAAUUGUUAAAAAUAAUUUAGAAUUUUGACUUUGCUAGAUGAGGGAGGAAAACCUAAGUGUUUCUCUUCUAAAUGUUUCAGAAUUCAAUUGUGAAGGAACAGGCAUUUUAUACUAUGAAGACAUUCUUCUUGAUUUUUUUCAGUUUGCUAUAAGUAUUUUUAAAGCUUCUUUUCUAACUUUACAUUGUAUUAGCUUAUCUGAAUCUUUUGUAAAUACAAUACUUAAAUAUAAGUCAACAGGAAAUUUAUAUAGGAAAUAUUUUCAUUCCAUUUGUAUAAUUUAAGUCUUGACUCAGAUGCAAGAAACUUACUUUAUACUGUUAAAAUUAUGAUGUCACUUAGAUUGACUUUAGUUGGCUGCACUGUUUUAUAUACUUUUAGUUUGUAAAAUAACAUAAAAAAUUGAAAUGUAAGCUUCAUGUGGUGGCAUAUACCUGUAACCCCAGUGCUUGGGAGGUAGAGGCAGGAGGAGCAGGAGUUUAAGGUCACCUCGGUGAUAUAAUGAAAUAGAGGGCAGCCUGGGCUACAAGAAACCCUGCCUCAAAAAACCCAAAGAAAACAACAACAAUUGAAAUGUGCCUGUGAUAAUAAUGUCUGAACCUGGGUUUCAGAAGUAGGAUGUUACAAAGGUGUCAGUCUGUGAGUGGCACUCCCACUAACUAGCUGUGUAACCUUGGGCAAGGGAGUGAUCUUCUGGGCCCUUAAUCAUCCUGGUUAAAAAAAAAAAAAAAAGCCAGGGGGAUGCAUUGGAUUAGACAAA